CAAAAAUACGUGAAGAUACGAAAUAAUCUGGGAAAAUAUCCGAAAAAUCUGGGAAUAUUAGUAAAAUAAGUGUACGGGCUGCCCCUUUAAGUCUCCCCGGUGUUCGGUGCAGUGAGUCGGAUUCCACCACUAGAGUUCUCCCUCUGGUUCUCCAGCUCGGCUCUGUUUACCUCCCAGCCCAGCGCUGCUGCUGUUCUGUGGCCAGCUGGACACAAACACAACCACCAUCCACAGCCUUCAACCAGCCCCGAAACAUCACUAAUGUAAGCUGCCUCGACCUUCAAUCCUUCGCGGAUUUCCUUGCAGAAGCUGUGUGUUUAGUGACACCGAAUUAAAGUUGAGAUGAAUAAGGAAAUCAUGUCACGCGUGGUGAAGAAGAGGCAGGCGGACCCCAAGGUGGUCCAGUAUGUGUGGGCGGCCAUCGAGGUCGUCCGCAACCAGAAACAAAUUGCAAACAUGGACAGGAUCUCCAAGUACCUGAGCCGUGUGUUUGGCAUGCACCCGAAGGAGACCGCCAGACAGCUGAGCUUGGCCGUGAAGGACGGCCUGGUGGUGGAGACCCUGACUGUUGGCUGCAAGGGCUCCAAGGCCGGCAUCGAGCAGGAGGGAUACUGGCUGCCCGGGGAUGAGAUGGGAGUUCUGCUGAUAGAGACACCAGCUCAGAGCGGGACAGAGCAGCCGGAGCCGAAAGCCGAGGGAAGCAAGGAGUGGGAGGCAGAGAGCCACGACUGGUACUGCUUUGAGUGUCACCUACCGGGCGACGUCCUCGCAUGUGACAACUGCUUCCGGGUUUACCACCUCAAAUGUCUGUCGGAGGACUUCAAGCCCAGAGACGGAGGCUCCCACUGGCAGUGUGUCGUCUGCAGGGGCAGUAAAAAGAAGAACCUGAACAAACAGGAGAUGAGUAAAUACCUGCGCUUCAUCGUCCAGCGUAUGAAGGAGAGGGCGGUGGACCUGAACAAGAAAGGCAAAGACACUAAACAUCCCAUGUACAAACGGCUGAUCCACACUGCGCUGGAAGUCUCAAACAUCCAUGAGAACCUGUCUGAAGGAAAGUAUAAAACCUUCGAGGAGUUCAAAGCAGACGCUCAGCUGAUAGUUCACAACACUGCCAUCUUGUAUGGAGUUCACAGCGACCAGGCGGAGAUUGCACGACUGCUCUUCAGCGACACAUGCCAUGAGUUGAAUGAAUUGUUGCUGUGUAAGAACUGUUUCUACCUGUCGAACGCCCGGCCAGACAACUGGUUCUGUUACCCCUGUAGCCCCAGCCACGACUUGGUGUGGGCCAAGAUGAAAGGAUUUGGCUACUGGCCGGCCAAAGUCCUUCAGAGGGAUGAAAGCCAGGUGGACGUACGCUUCUUUGGCCAUCAGCACCAGAGAGCGUGGAUCCCGGCGGACAACAUCCAGGACAUCAAGGUGAGCAUCCAGCAGCUGCAGGUGAAGCGCAGCAACGGCUGGAAGAAGGCGUGCGAGGAGCUAGAGCUCUACCAGCGCUUCCUGAGGGAGGGCCGCUUCUGGAAAACAAAGAUGGAGGAAAGCAACAUGCAGUCUCCUCAACAACUGCAGCAGAACCAGAACCAGAACCAGAGCCAGAGCCAGAGCCAGAACCAGAACCAGAGCCAGAGCCAGAGCCAGAGCCAGAGCCAGAACCAGAGCCAGAGCCAGAGCCAGCGGCAGCAGCAGCAGCAGCAACAGCAGCAGCAGGAGGGCAGCGGGAGGACGGACAGGCUGGAGCGGACAGACGAAGCCGAGUCCAGCAUCUCCUCCACCAGCAACGAGCAGGUCCGACAUCUCAAAGGCAGCCUGGAGCCCAAGGCCAAGAAAAGCCGUCGAUCUCAAAUGGUCGAGCCCAAAGAAGAAGCCAGUUCUGUGCUUCAAUCUUCGUCUCUUCACCAGGACCCGGAGCCCGAGAUGGAGGCGGUCAGCUCCAGCCAGGAGAUCCCGGUGUCCUCGGCGCCCCAGCAGCCCGAGAAGCUGUCGGUGUCCACGCAGACCAAGAAGGCCAGCGGAGGGUCGCCGCGCACGCUGCAUCGUGGCACCCAGACCAACAGCGACGGCGCCUGCCAGAACAUGUGCCACGAGAAGUACACCAAGGUCUUCAACGACGUCAAGGAGAUGAUGAAGGCCGACAACAAGCGGGAGACGGAGAGGGUCGUCAGAGAGGCUCUGGAGAAGCUCCGUGCGGAGAUGGAGGAGGAGAAGCGCCAGGCGGUGAGUAAGGCGGUGGCCGGAGCUCAGGCGGAGAUGGAGAGGAAGUGUAAGCAGGUGAAGGAGAAGUGUAAAGAGGAGCUUGUGGAGGAGGUGAAGAAGGUGGUGGCCCAACACAAACAGUUCAUCUCCCAGACCAAGAAGAAGCAGUGGUGUUAUAACUGUGAGGAGGAGGCCAUGUAUCACUGCUGCUGGAACACCUCGUACUGCUCCAUCAAGUGUCAACAGGAGCACUGGCACGCCGACCACAAACGAACCUGCCGCAGGAAGAGAUGAACAAGCCCCGCCCCCCCCUUCUGACCUUACACAGCUCGCCAUUGGCUCUCGCCCUCUCCUCCUCCUGUCAGUCAGUGUCUACAACACACACACACACACACACACACACACACACACAUGCACAUGCACACACACUUCCCUCCUGCUUCUCUACUUGCCUUCCUGAAAACUUUGUGGACCCGAUGUUUUCUGUGUGAAAAGAGCAAUUGGUUCCCUUUUUUUGUUCUCAUUUUGUUUCUAUUAUUUAAUGUACCCAUUGUAUUGAUUUCUAUACGUAUAUAUAUUUUAUUUUUUCUCUUUGAAUCGUGAACGGAUUGCUCGAGAGCAUGGCUCGAAUGCAGACAUGGUAUGAUUUUUGUUUUUUUCUUUUUUCUUUUUUUUUUCGUUACUGAAGUGCUAAUUUUGAGCUUGUGUCAGAGAAUGUGUUAUUUAAGUGUGUCGUAACAGAUGAGCGUUAACUGAAUACACUUUAUUACCUGAAUUUUUAAAACGAAUCACUUUUCUUACUGUAAAUGCAACAAAUACACGCCGUCAAUCUUAACAAGAAAAAUGAAAACAUACCGUGAGUACUAUCGCAGGACUAGCUCCGCUUUCAUAGAUAAAAACUUCAUUAAAAAAAUGACAAAAAACUGCAUAAGCUUUGUGGAUGACGUGGCUCACCAGUGUUAAUAUAUAUUUUGGGGGUUUUUCAUGAAACUUUUGCGGUGGAUAGCACCUUUUUAUCAUUUCUACCUAAAAUCUUAGUGUCCUCAAGUCACUUAUUGGGAACAGGGUCACAAUGUCGGCCUUAAAAGACGUCGACGAAAUAAAUCUUCCAUGUAUUAUUAGAAUUAUAAUAAUAAUAUUAUGCACAUUUUGGGGGUGUUUUUUUAUUAGACUAGUUUUUAUGAGCCAGAUAUUUAAAAAAAAAAAAAAAAAAACUUUUUAAUUGGUUCUAAAUUGGGGAAAAUGUAGAGCAAUCUUUCCUGAGCUGGAUCUUAGAGAGGUUCCGUGAUUAGACCACUUUUUUGCACACUUCGUUUUCUUAACAACCCAAAUGCUCGUAAUAUUGCCAAAAAAAAAAAAAUCUGAUAUUUGGUUGAACCUACCUGAGAAGAUCUGGUGAAUCCUUCCUCCUCCUACAACCUUCAAAUAAUUGUGUAUUUUUUCCGAGCGUCGUCGGUGUCAUUUUACGGAAGCCCUGAGAGGCAAGUGAGGAAAAAAACAACAACAACAUGAUAAUCUUUCGAAGUUCCUUUUUUUAAUCUAUGAAACACGAAAAAAAAUGUGGGCGGUGAUUUAUAGGGAUGUGACGGUGAGGACAUUUCCCCACGGGUUAAUGAACUUGUGACAACACCGGUGUUACCGAUGACACCGGACAUUUUACACGAAAAGAUGACUGAGCUGAGCUGAGACUCGGUACGCAGCAGACACUUUCACUUUGUAGCGUCCGUCUUACUAUGUGUGUGACACAGCGCUGAUACGCGUAAAUGAACUUAGUGGGUUUUAUUUCUAUAAAACAAAGCAAAACGACGGUGGGGGCGGUGGGUACGUUAUGUAAUCGGUGUGUGCCUGAACACCGUGUAACACUGUGUAUCACUGUGUAACACCGGUUACCGCGACAAGCCUAGUGAUUUUUUUGUUUUUGUUUGUUGUAAUACUAAUUUUGGCCACAAGAGGCUGAAGUGCACCACUACCCAAUGUUAUAAAUAAGACUAAAAUCAUUCAUGUUUUCUUCCAGGGGAGUUUUAAUUUCUCCAUGUACUCUAAACACAAGGUUGGGAUGUUAAUAACCGACAUUAAGAAUUUUAACCGAUUAUUGCUACCGGCUAAACGGUUAAAGGGAAUAUUGAAAAAUCGAUAAAAAGCUGAGCAAAACUUAGAGGAGCGUCUUCUCACUUAAAGGAGAAUAGCUGGUCCACCUUAACAGCCCACCUUAAGUGAGUCUGAGCCGGUGUUGAUACAGGAACUUGGCUCGGGUCUUGAGGAGUUAUAGCAUUUAUUCACCGACAAAUAAAGUGUACACACACUGCUACGUUCACAGCUACAGCUGAACUGACUGACUGAACUGGGGACUCAGUUGUCUGUUGUGCUCACACACUGCAGCCGGCGAUAAAUGAUGGAUUUAACCUGUUUGUGCGUCGGCUUUUCGUUGCAACUGGGUGGCUUGUUAGGCACUAAAAAUAGCAACACUGCGUGAAACGCACUAAUCUCGUCAGUUAACGGUUAAUAAUCGGUUAACAAGGGUUAUCGGUUAGAAACAAAAUUCUAAAUUAGCAUCCCUAGUACAUAAUUGUGUGCUAGCAAGUUAUGUAAAUUAAAACUCACCUGGAAGAAAACAUGAAUGAUGUUAUUUAGAACAUGAGAUAGUGGUGCACUUCAGCCUCUUGUGGCUGAAAUGAGUAUUACAACAACAAAUACACUUUUUUCCACCUGUUUCACAGAUAAAAAUAGAUAAGGAGCUUAGAAAGAUUAUCCUGGCAAAUAAUUUAGACCACACUUAAAUGGAGCACCAGAAUUUUUUUUUCUCACUUGCCUCUCGGGGCUUCCGUACAUUUUUAUAGUGAUGUUCACUGAAAAAUUCAUUCUUUUCUUUUUUUUUAACCUGAAGUGACUCUUUCACUGCUUAUGCUGUAGUUGGUGGUCAGUGCCUGUUUCUCGUUUUCUUUUCUCAUCCUCUUGACUCCCAGUGAAGCGACAUGCAUGUUGAUAGUUUCAUAGUUUGUCUUUUUUUCUUUCAUUACGGUAAAACAAACAAAAACAAAAAAAAGACCAGACGCUCGCUGGUGUUUAAUAAGCAGUGACGACGGAUGGACCAAUAUAAAAUAUUAUGCAAAAUGUGAAUGAUCAAAUUAACCUUUUCUAGUUCUCCCUGCGCUGGAUGUUGAGUGUUGAUGGUGUAUAAAUAUGGUGCUUGGAAACUUUUUUGUUUUUUAAAGGGGCAAUAAAAUUGCCAGUUUUUGAUUUUCUUUUGAGAAGUGUGACACUUUUAAAGUUUGUUGACUGUUUCCUCAGUUAUGAAGAUUGACUGAACGGAGGAAAAUGAUUCAGUUACUCUGUAUUGACGCAGCGCUUCUUUUUACACACAGAUUGCUGUUAAUCAAUUUGUGCUUCUGUUAACAUGUGACAAAUAAAAUACCGUAAAUUCUCA